CGGUACAGUGGUUACUUGUACAUACGGUGCAGGGUGAGCAGUAUAGGAGAAAGACUCAUUGUAUUCCUCCGCUCUUGGUCUUCCAUUCCUAUUGUUUCUUGUCGGUUCUUGUACAUACACUCCGUUUUCCUGGAAUGUAUCGAUAUUUUUUUGGAGAAUUUGAAACAACUUGAUCAGCUUUGAGGAUGACCACAGAUCCCAUGUACAAACUGAAUAUUGGAAAAGUUCACAGUAUGGCGAGAGGCAAACUGACCCUCCUUCUGGUUUUGGGAGUCACGUGCUUCUUCACGGAGCCAGCAGUUGCAGCGGACUACAACAAUAAAUUGGUGUGCUCUGCAUGUGGAGAUCACAAAACAGCUGUCGAAGCUAUCCUAACAGGGUGCAACACAUUUUUACUAUACUGUGGCCUUCCACCUGAGACAGCAGUGUGUUACGCCGUCUUAGUAGUGCACCUGUUGGCAUCUACGUUUGUACAGCUGUUCCCGUCAGCCCUAGCUGUAUUGACGACCGUCGUCGAGGCUCUCGUUGCACUAAUCGCAGUUCUUGCAAACGACCUUGUUCUUGGCUCUUACAUGCUGGCAUGCAAGUUAAAAUGGGUUACACAUUUCUCCCAGCUAUCCUAUGUUCUUCCUUAAUGGACGACAACAGAUGCGAAGCGGAAGUGAAGGAAAUUACUAAUGCUGUAAUCUUAUCUGAACAGAAAUACAUGAACUGAGCGCCAA